AUGGCAUCAUUGACGAAUCAACCUUCGAAGAAAUCUUCGCGUGGUGGCGAUAAGCAAGGCAUAAAAUUUGCAAGAAGAACAUCAAGUGGAAAAUAUGUUAGUUUAUCAAAAGAAGAUAUUGAAAUGGCUUCAUCAGAUGUAUCAGGUGAUUAUAUGAAUUACAGUGUUCACAUUCCCCCAACCCCUGAUAACCAACCAAUGGAUGAUAGUUCUGUUGCAAUGAAAGCUGAAGAACAAUAUGUUUCAAAUUCUUUAUUUACUGGAGGAUUCAAUAGUGUAACAAGAGCUCAUCUAAUGGACAGAGUAAUUGAUUCUGAAGUCACUCAUCCACAAAUGGCGGGGGCUAAAGGAUCUUCUUGUUCAAUUUGUGAUGGAAAAGUUAUGAAGGAUGAAAGAGGAAAUGAUAUCACUCCAUGUGAGUGUAGGUUCAAGAUUUGUAGAGAUUGUUUUUUAGAUGCACAAAAAGAAACCGGCAAGUGUCCUGGUUGUAAGGAGAAAUACAAAGUAACAGAAUAUGAGGAUGACAGCCAUGAAUUUUCAAAUGUAGCAUUGUCAUUACCAGGAACAAAUGGUUCAAAACAAAAUCGAAAUGGAGAAUUUGAUCACAAUAAGUGGUUGUUUGAGAGUGAUGGUACCUAUGGAGUUGGCAAUGCAUAUUGGCCUCCAGAUGAUGAUGAAGAAAAUGGUAUGCAUGAAGGAAUAUUGGAUGGUGAAGAGACGCCUUGGAAGCCUUUGUGCAGAGUAAUACCGAUUCCAUCUGGCAUCAUAAGUCCAUAUAGGUUGCUUAUUGCCGUUCGCUUAGUCGUGAUGUGCUUCUUCUUACAUUGGAGAGUGUUUCACCCAAAUGAAGAAGCAGUGUGGUUGUGGCUUAUGUCAAUUACUUGUGAGAUAUGGUUUGGAUUCUCGUGGAUACUGGACCAAAUUCCAAAGCUUUGUCCGGUGAAUCGUUCCACCGACCUUGUUGUUCUUCAUGAGAAAUUUGACAGUCCAUCACCAUCAAAUCCAACAGGGAGAUCUGAUCUACCCGGUGUUGACCUAUUUGUGUCCACUGCUGAUCCCGAGAAGGAGCCACCUCUUACAACUGCCAAUACCAUUCUUUCCAUCUUAGCAGUUGAUUAUCCUGUGGAAAAGGUUGCUUGUUAUGUUUCAGAUGAUGGAGGUGCUCUAUUGACUUUCGAAGCCAUGGCUGAGGCUGCAAGUUUUGCUGAUUUAUGGGUUCCUUUUUGUCGCAAACACAAUAUCGAGCCAAGGAAUCCUGAUUCUUACUUUUCCUUAAAAGUCGAUCCUACCAAGAACAAGAGUAAAGUGGAUUUUGUUAAGGACCGAAGAAAGGUCAAAAGGGAGUACGAUGAGUUCAAAGUGCGCAUCAAUGGACUUCCUGAUUCUAUUAGGAGAAGAUCUGAUGCAUUUAAUGCAAGAGAGGAAAUGAAGAUGAUGAAGCAUUUGAGGGAGAAUAAGGUUGACCCUUUGGAGCCUAUCAAAGUAUUAAAGGCCACUUGGAUGGCUGAUGGCACCCAUUGGCCCGGUACUUGGAUUACUGCUUCUAGCGAACAUGCUAAAGGCGAUCAUGCUGGAAUACUUCAGGUGAUGCUAAAGCCUCCAAGUCCUGAUCCAUUAAUGGGGAGUGAAGACGAUAAGGUCAUAGAUUUCUCUACGGUAGAUACACGUUUGCCGAUGUUAGUAUAUGUAUCUCGAGAGAAGAGGCCAGGAUAUGAUCACAACAAGAAAGCUGGUGCCAUGAAUGCACUUGUUCGAGCAUCUGCAAUCCUAUCAAAUGGACCAUUCAUUCUCAACCUUGACUGUGAUCACUAUAUCUAUAAUUGCAAGGCAGUACGUGAAGGAAUGUGCUUCAUGAUGGAUAGAGGUGGUGAAGACAUAUGUUAUAUUCAGUUCCCUCAAAGAUUUGAAGGUAUUGAUCCCUCAGAUCGCUAUGCCAAUCACAACACUGUUUUCUUUGACGGAAACAUGAGAGCCCUCGACGGUCUCCAAGGUCCAUUCUAUGUAGGAACUGGGUGCAUGUUCAGGCGAUUUGCAUUGUACGGAUUUAACCCUCCCACAGGCGAUUGGGAUAUGAAAAAUCCUAAACAUAAUUGUACUGAAGAAGCCUGUGAAACUACACCGGCCUUAAAUGUGAGCGAGUUCGAUGAAGAUCUAGAUGUAAACUUGUUGCCCAAGCGCUUUGGUAAUUCAACCAUGUUGGCUGAGAGCAUACCAGUUGCUGAAUUCCAAGGACGCCCUCUUGCAGAUCAUCCUGCUGUCAAGUAUGGACGCCCACCAGGUGAACUUAGGAAGCCUCGAACACCGCUUGAUGCUAGUACAGUAGCAGAAUCUGUCUCUGUCAUUUCUUGUUGGUAUGAAGACAAGACGGAAUGGGGAGAUAGAGUGGGAUGGAUUUAUGGGUCGGUGACAGAGGACGUGGUUACAGGGUACCGCAUGCACAAUCGUGGAUGGCGUUCUGUAUAUUGUGUAACCAAACGAGAUGCAUUUCGUGGAUCGGCACCAAUUAACCUUACUGAUCGACUACACCAGGUGCUAAGAUGGGCCACCGGUUCUGUUGAGAUCUUCUUCUCAAAGAACAAUGCAUUCCUCGGAAGUAAACGCCUAAAAAUUUUACAACGUCUUGCUUACCUCAAUGUUGGAAUCUACCCCUUCACCUCCGUCUUCCUCAUUGUGUAUUGCUUCCUCCCAGCACUCUCAUUGUUCUCUGGAUAUUUUAUCGUGCAAACCCUUAGUAUCGCAUUCUUAAUCUACUUGCUCACCAUGACUGUGUGUCUGGUGGCACUUGCCAUUCUCGAGGUUAAGUGGUCCGGUGUAGAGUUGGAGCAGUGGUGGAGAAAUGAACAAUUUUGGCUCAUUUCUGGCACUAGUGCUCACUUGGCCGCUGUCGUGCAGGGACUCUUAAAAGUGAUGGCAGGUAUCGAGAUUUCUUUUACUUUGACGUCCAAAUCAGCAGGAGAGGACAACGAUGAUAUCUUCGCAGAUUUGUAUAUAGUCAAAUGGACCUCCCUAAUGAUUCCACCAAUUGUUAUUGCCAUGGUAAAUAUCAUUGCCAUUGCAGUUGCAUUUUCUAGGACAAUUUAUAGUGCAAAUCCACAAUGGAGUAAGUUUAUAGGAGGAGGAUUCUUUAGUUUAUGGGUUCUUGCUCAUUUGUAUCCAUUUGCAAAAGGAUUGAUGGGAAGGAGAGGGAAGACACCCACCAUUGUAUUUGUGUGGUCGGGUCUCAUCGCAAUUAUACUUUCUUUACUUUGGGUUUCCAUUAGCCCGCCUACGGGUGCUGAUGCUACAGACGGUGGUGGUGGAGAUUUCCAAUUUCCAUAAAAAUGCUAAUCCUUGCUUAUGAAUUGUAACAAUAUUGUCUUAUGAUUGUAACAAUAUUAGUAAUGCAUCUAUGUAAAUCUAG